CGAACUGCUAGGUUGGCAGGAAUUUCUUGCCUCAGUGUGUAAUUAUUGCCGCUCAAGGUCCUGCCAGAGCCUUGUGCCUCCUUCCUAAAGCCCAGUGCCUUGCUUAGUUGGCUUUGGGAAGGUAGCGCGAGGAGGUGGGGGUCGUCCAGUUUGGGCCUCCACCCCCCAACAAGGCAGUAUGCGGUUAUAUCAAGGUGCUCUUGCAGCCCACUUGGUAUGGAAAGUUGAACUACCCUGCUCUAGCUCAAGUUCAGAAUGGUUUGAAUACGGAAAUGAGAAAAAUGCUGCUGCUAUUGUUUUAAAUAGCUUGACCGGAGGAAGGAAGGAAGGGUGAGGAGGAGAAAAGCUGUGUGUGGCUAUAAACAGAUCUGCGAACACUCCAGAAGUUGCAGAAGUCUUCUAAUCUGCAUUCAUUUUGAUUUGUUUUUGGUGAAGUUAUACAAUGAUGUUUACCUGAUUUGCUUGUGGGGUGUUUAUUCAUCUGUUAAUAAUGUGUUCGUCCCCCACUUUUCAAUGUGUUUCCCCAUUAAUUUCCUAACUGCAAAAAAGUGUUUGUGUUAAGUGCAUUGGUUGCCACAAGGCCACAGAGCCUUUUAAUCUAUUUUAAUUGUGCAAACCUACACUUGAAUCCCUCCCACAAAAUAACAGUCUGGAGGUGAUUGCGCAGCAGCUGAGUUAUAGCUCAUGUGACUAUUUUGAUUUAUCUUAACUUGCUCCUUCCCUGCAUGGCUUUCUUACUGUGCCUUUAAGUGGAGUGGUUUUGCUUUGUGAGUGUGUGGGUGGCCAGAAACACCAGCGGCAGUGCUGUCUGUGAGAGGGUGCAGUUUGUAAGAGGCUUUUUUUGUUCCUCCGCCAUGGCCGGGUGCUGCAGCUUGAAGAAUGUGUGUGAAUAUGAAACUAACAAGGUUGUGCGCAUUCAGAGUGUCUACUACGGGAGCCUCAAGUGGGCCAUCCAUUCUGUCGUCUUCAUGUAUGUCUGUGUUGUCCUUAUUGCUGAUAGACGCUAUCAGAAGAAGGACUCCGUCAUCAGCUCAGUGCACACAAAAGUGAAAGGGAUUUCUCAGACUGAAGCAAGGAUCUGGGACACAGUGGAGUACACUCUCCCUAUCCAGGGAAUAAAUUCAUUCUUUGUGCUAACCAAUAUCAUCAAGACAGAGAACCAAGUCCAGGGACUUUGCCCUGAGUUUCCCCUUGCCAAAGCUGUUUGCUCUACCGACAAGAGCUGUAUGAAAGGUCGUAUGGACCCUCAGAUUAAUGGAAUUCAGACCGGCAAAUGUGUGAACUACAACACAACCAUCAAAACAUGUGAGGUCGCAGCUUGGUGCCCCGUGGAGUCAAUUAAAAAGGCUCCGGAGCCUGCCAUUCUGAGAAGUGCUGAAAACUUCACUGUGCUGAUAAAAAACAACAUUCACUUCCCGAAAUUUAAUUAUACGAAAAGAAACAUUUCACCGGAUUUUAAUAUUUCCUGCACAUACAACAAGAACACUGCUCCGCAUUGUCCAAUUUUCCGGCUGGGAGAUAUUCUCCGAGCAUCAGGGGAGAACUUCUCAGAGGUGGCUGUUCAGGGUGGCAUCGUGGGCAUCGAAAUUAACUGGGAUUGCAACCUGGACAAGUGGCUUCACCGCUGCGAACCCAAAUAUGGUUUCCGGCGUCUGGAUGACAAAAAAACAAAUGAAGCCUUGUACCCUGGAAACAAUUUUAGAUUUGCAAAGUAUUACAAGCAGGCUGGUGGGAAGGAGGAGAGAACCCUGAUCAAAGCCUAUGGCAUUCGCUUCGACAUCCUCGUGUUCGGCACGGCUGGGCGAUUUGAUUUCUUUGAGCUCCUGGUAUAUAUUGGUUCUGCACUCUCCUAUUUUGGCCUGGCACAGUUUGUAGUUGAUUUUCUCAUUACUUCAUAUUCAUGCCGUUGCUUCAAGUACAACCCAGUGAAAGAAUAUUACAUCAAGAAAAAGUGUGAGAUGGUGCCAGGACCAAGAUGGACUCUACUUUAUGUGACUUUUGUUGAUGAGCCACACAUCUUUAUGAUUGACAAAUUUUUGAGGACCAGCCUACAGAAAGUUAAAGGCGAGGUUAUCCACAGAAAUACUGGUGAUUUUAUGCGUGCUGCCAAACUCCAGCUGCAACAUCCGGAUGAAGUUGUGUCUCUUCUUGGGGACUCUGAAGAGGUGCAUCCCCUCCAGAGCCAAGGGGGACCUGCUUCUUCGUCGUCUUCUUCCUCCUGUGAGCGUCCUGCCUGGUGCAGCUGUGGGAAAUGUCGUCCAGCCAAGGGCUACUGGGAGCAGCUCUGUUGCCGAAGGAAAAAUGGGGCCUGCAUCACAACCUCCGAUCUAUUUGAGCACCUGGUCCUUUCCCGGCCGAUGCUGAAGUUUGUCCUCCUCUACAAAGAGCCCUUGUUGGACCUGAAUGGUGAGGCAUGCAACAGGAAGUUUCGGCACUGCGCUUACAAGCAAUACAUUCACUGGCGCUUUGGGGAGGAGGACCUGGAAGAAAGGGCUCUGAUCCCCAACUGCUGCAGGUGGAAAAUCCGGGAUGCUUUCCCCAGCGAGAACGGUGAAUAUGCUGGCUUUGUGAAGAAGGCCUAGAGGACUGUGGAGACACUGCACUGUGGCUUUGGGGACAGAACAGAUUCAGAGGGCGAGGCAGUGCCCCCUUUUGCAACCCCCCCCCCAAACCCCACCUCUUCAACAAUCCUGCCAUUCUGUGCUUCUCAUUCCAAUUAAUCAAAGUCAGCACUUGCAGAGCAGCAUGGUAUAGUGGUUAGAGUGAUGGAUGAGUUCAAAUCCCCAACCAGCCACGAAGUUCACACUGGAUGACUUUGAGCCAGUCACCCUCUCUCAGCCUAAUUUACCCCGCAGGGUUCUUGGGAGGAUAAAAUGAUUGGGGAAGGAAGAACCACUUAUUCUGCAGCCCUGAAUUCUUUGGACAAAGAGUGAGCUAUAAAUGCAAUAAGCAAACGGGUUUGCUCCAUAUUUCUUCCUGGUUGACCCUUGAACUGAAAAGCCAUUUGGCUUCUCCUCCUCCUCCUGGUAGCCUCUGCCAAAAGAGAGAUGCUGCUGCUGAUGAAAGCAGGACACAGGUGAGAAUAAAGCAGAUUUUGGGAACCACAGGUCAAGCAAGGUGUCAGCCUCAGCCUCCCUAAAUCUGUUUUUUGAGAGCAAAACGAGAUGUGACUUUGACACAGCCUCCCCCAACCUGGUGCCCCCCAAAUGUUUCGGACCACAAACCUCUUCUGGUUAGGGAGGAUUGGAACUUCCUGGGGUCACCAGAAUAGGGGAAGGUGGCUGUAAUGACACAAUAAGCAGCCACAACUGGGUUUUUGAAAACAAAAUACCAGGCGCAGGACCACAUUGCAGAGGAAAAGGAGUUUUAGUCUUCCCACCCAGACAAAAAAUCCCACCCUGUGUGCUGCUGUUAUCCCUAGCUUUUUGUGUUGGCAGAGGCUAAUUGCCAUGCUGGGGGGGGGCUGAUUCUCAUUGGGAUCUCAGCUGAGGAGAGUUAAACUUCUCCUUCCUGUGUGUCACUCUUAGGGAUGCCAGUGUGUCCACCACUAAGUACCUCCUAUGGUGUCCUCAAAAGGUCUCACGAAAUAUCUCCUAAGAAAGGCACAAGAGGCUGUUCAGGACCUGUUUGUGCUGGUUGGGCUAUCCUUGAGCUCAUCCACACUCCUCCUUGUCCUGUGCCAAGAAAGCAUGGGGUCCAGGAGGUUUUCCACUUGUCCAAGCGAUUUUUCGUUUGUGCUGCUGCUUUCCCUCUAGUGGGGCAGGAGAGCUGAAAAUGAUGCCAAUAUAUUUCACAUCUGGCAACCAAUGUGCCCCUUGGGUUUCAGAUAAUACAUGAGUAGAUGAGUCUAAAAAGCCCGGGACACAAAUUUUCACAGCUCUCUAGUGGCUAUAGUGACUCAUUUACCAGAUGUAAUGUACCAUUAUAGUUUUUUGGGGGAGGGGACCCCCUAAACCCUAGAAAUUAGUAAAUGCUAGGAUUUUGAUUAUUUGAGAUGUGAAGGGAAAAAUACGAGCUGCAGAGGUAUCCCUGGGCUGGCUUAUGCAGACCAGCCUGGCUGGGUUAGUGAAGAGCAAAUCUCUUAAUAUGACAAAAGGUGUUGAUGUGGAGGGAAUCCUUUGGCCUGGGGAGUCAGAUGUUACCCAGGUGGUGGGAUGUGUGUGUUUGAGGUGGCAGGAAAAGAGUUUUUUACUAAGGUUUUCCGGGAGGAAGAAAG